AUGCCUACGAUCAACGUAGACAAGGCUGAGCUCUACAAAGCUCUCGGGCAAGAAUACACCACCGAAGAGUUCGAGACACUGUGCUUCGAAUUUGGCAUCGAACUUGACGAAGAUACCUCCAACUCCGAACGACCGAUCGUCAAUGGCAAGCAGGAGGCGCCGCAACUCAAGAUUGAGAUUCCUGCCAACCGAUAUGACAUGCUCUGCUUCGAGGGUAUUGCUCUGAUGCUCAAUAUUUUCAGAGAGAAGACGCCUCUGCCAAAUUAUAGACUGGUUGCACCAAAGAGCGGGAAGUUACAAACGAUUACGAUCCACCCUGAGACGAUGAAAGUACGGCCAUACGUGUCAGGAGCCAUUCUCCGGAAUAUCACGUUCACGCAAGAGGCAUACGACUCCUUCAUAGCUCUUCAAGAUAAGCUUCAUCAAAACCUUGCUAGGCAACGGACGUUGGUUUCAAUUGGUACCCAUGAUUUGGACACACUUAAAGGGCCGUUCACCUACGAAGCUCUGCCACCAAAGGAAAUCAACUUCAUACCCUUGAACCAGACUAAGAGGAUGAACGGAGAAGAGCUGAUGCAGUUCUACGAGAAUGAUAAGCAUCUUGGAAAGUAUCUUCAUAUCAUUCGGGAUAGCCCGGUGUACCCAGUCAUCUUCGACUCGCAGAAGACUGUCUGCUCCCUGCCCCCUAUCAUCAACGGCAACCAUUCCAAGAUUACUCUGAAAACCAAGAAUGUCUUCAUGGAAAUCACAGCUACGGAUCGAACAAAGCUCGAGAUUGUUAAUAACAUCAUGGUCUCUAUGUUCUCUCAAUACUGUGCUGAACCCUUCACAAUCGAGCCUGUCGAGAUCAUCUCCGAGCACAACCAGGAAACCAGACAAACACCUGACCUAAAGCCGCGUUUAGCUGAAGUAGAAGUCGACUAUGUUAACAGCUGCUGCGGACUUGAAGCCAAACCACAACAAAUAUGCGACUGGCUCACUAAAAUGUGCUACACUGCCAAACCAUCCUCGGAAGACGAGAAGAUAAUCGAAGUCUUGGUACCACCAACACGUGCUGAUGUCCUCCAUCAGUGCGAUAUCAUGGAAGACGUAGCAAUCGCCUACGGAUUCAACAGCUUACCCCGAACAUCGCCAAAUAAAGCUUCUACCAUCGCCCAGCCUCUAAUGAUCAACAAGCUCGGUGACAUUGUCAGAAUGGAAGCAGCCAUGGCGGGCUGGAGUGAAGUUAUGCCUCUCAUUCUCUGUUCACACGACGAGAACUUCGGCUGGCUAAAUCGGAAAGACGACGGAGAGACUGCAGUCAAGCUCGCAAACCCCAAGACAGCGGAGUACCAGGUCGUUCGGACAUCCUUAUUGCCGGGUCUCCUGAAGACAAUUCGAGAAAACAAGAAGCACAGUAUCCCCAUUAAAGUCUUCGAAGUGUCCGACGUAGCCUUCAAAGACAUGUCCUUAGAGCGGAAGAGCAGGAACGAGAGGCAUUUCGCGGCUGCAUGGUAUGGUAAAACAAGUGGUUUCGAGGUUGUCCAUGGCCUGUUGGAUCGGGUUCUCUUGAUGCUCAAGAUAGCCUUCUUAACGCGCGAAGAGGGUCUUGAAGGCAAGAAGAUGGAUUACGAAGUGAGAGAAGACCCAUCGAAGCCCGAUGGCUAUUGGAUCGAGGAGAUUGACGAACCUACUUUCUUCUCUGGCCAUGCUGCUGCGAUUUAUCUGCGACUCAAUGGGAAGCAAGUUCGCAUCGGCGAGUUCGGAAUUCUGCAUCCUACCGUCCUCGAUAAAUUUGAACUGAGAUAUCCUGUCAGCACCUUAGAGAUCAACCUGGAAGUCUUCUUAUGA